CCCGCAGGGCACUGCCCAGAGCUGUGGACGCAGGCUCCGAGGGCCCCUCCCCACUGGUGCCAUCCUGACCACAAGGAAAGGAGGAGGGACGGGGCCAGAAGGAAGCGUGGCCCUGCAGGCCUGAGGGAACAGAACUGAAGAGGACGAGCGAGGAUUCAGCGGCACAGAGAAAAGCAGAAGCGGGACCUUGGAGGCUGAACCCCUGGGGGCUGAAGCCUGGGGCCAGCGGGGCCUGGCGCUUCCCCGUGACAGCUGUGCGGGAGAAAUGAGCCCCGGAGGCCCGGCUGCCUGGCCAGCUUUGGCCCUGCUGCUCCUCUGGCUCCCAGGCUGUGCUCCCCUGAGCUGUCCCAGCAAGGUGACGGGCACCGUGGGAGGAUCCCUGAGCGUGCAGUGUCGGUAUGAGGAGGAAUACAAGGACAAGCCCAAAUCCUGGUGCAAAAAGUCAUUCCUCUGUAAUGACCUUGUGAAGACCACAGACUCAAAGAGAGAGGUGCGGAGUGGCCGAGUGUCCAUCAGCGACCAUCCUGCAAACCUCAGCCUCACGGUGACCAUGGAGCACCUCACCCUGGAGGACGCAGGCUCCUAUGAGUGCCAGGUGGACACACCGUGGCAUGACGGCUUUGAUCCUGGCUUCAGGGUUAAGGUCACUGUGCUCCCAGUUUUGCCACCAGCAACACUAGAGACACCUACAAGUGUCCCUCUUCCCAAGACCUCGACAACCAUAAUCAAAACACCAGCUGCACCGUCCACCAGCCUGGCCACAGAGAGUGACACCCCAGGUUCCAGCAGCCAGGGCCUCCACCAUGGCCAGGGCCCAGGGCUCCCCGUGCUGCUCUCCGGGCUGGCGCUGCUGCUGCUGCUGCUGCUGCUGGUGGGCUCCUCGCUGCUGGCCUGGCGCAGGUUGCAGAGACGAGUGGAAGCUGGUGAGCGUUCAGAACUGUCCCAGCACCUCAGGCAGGCUGUGGAGCAGAGUGAGCCCUACUAUGCGAAUCUGAAGCUGCAGACAUGGUCCCUGCAGGAAGAGCCAGCACCCCCGAAGCAGGUGGAGGUGGAAUACAGCACCGUGGCACGUGCCAGCGAAGCUCUUCACUACACCUCAGUGGUGUUUGACUCGGAGAAGCAGGAUUCCAAGGCCAACGGGGUUUCCCCCCAGAGGCCCCGGGAGGAGGAACCAGAGUACAGCGUGAUCGGGAAGCCCAGGGACAGCCACCUUAGCCCUCACCCAUGUCCCCCGUAGCCUGCUGCUCUCGAUGGUGACCACCAGGCAGCCGAGCUCCCUGCAGGUUGCCCUGCCCUUCCAUCAGCCCAGCUGGCUCCACGGAGGACAAACAGGAACUGGGUUCUGCAGGGCCGGAGGGAGGCUCCCGUCUCUCUCCUCUUUGCCUCUGCUUUGUUCCUGCUCCGUGUGCGGAGGAUGCAGCUCCUCGGUCCCCUGUGGCUCCAGGAAAUGACAAGGCUCACGUAGGAAGGCGCCUGCGAACGCUCUGUGAACCGUGGCCCCAGAGCCAUGUCUGGGACUGCUGGCGAGUGGGAGGGGGGCAAGAAGAGCCAAGAGGACGCAAAGGGACGCUUGGUGCCUGCGCAGGGGCCCAGAGAGGGCGCCGGAUGUCCGUUCCCUCCCCGUCUCACACACUAAGAAACAGGCCCGAGGAGAGGAGCUGACCGCCGGCAAGUUCCCCUGGACUCCUCGUUCUUAUCACGAGGCACAUAAAUAAAGUCCAAAAAUCAUCCUAAGGGACAAGAGAAAAAGUGGUUGAAGUGACGCCCUCUACCUGUCUGCAACCCCCUCUCAAAGGACGUUCCGACGGCCAGCCCAGGACAGCUUUGAGGACCCAAGGGCUUGGGGACACCGUGCCAGCGUCCACUGGUGGGAGAGGGCCAUCGCCACUGCUCUCCCAGUGGAAAGCGCAGCAGGGUCUUCUUGCUGGGGAGAGUUGAAAGCCAGGGCUGUCCUCAGCCUGCUGGGUCCGCUUGCCACCCUCACCUGCCUGUGGAAGCCCUGGCCAGCUCCCCGUAGCCCCUAGGACGCUUCCACCUUCUGUCUCUAGUACAUAUCAGCCGAGGCAGGGGCUGUCCUCCGCUUCCACUGGGGUUUUGGAGCCUGACCGUACGACCAGAGGGUCCCUGUGGGCAGUUUUCUUCCGGGUGUGGACCUUUGUUUCGGAAGAUUCUUGAAGGGGAAGGGUCCCGGGCUGCCCUGGCUGGUGUCGUCUUCAGAGUCUAGGUUAUUUGCGGGUGUGCGCCCGUGGCCAUCCCGGAUACUUUCCCUUCUUUUUUUAAGCUAACGUUCUGAGAUGCACAAAGGAAACACGCAAAUACUCGCACGGGCGCGCUCGAGGCCACAGCCGGUCCUGCUGGGUGGGGUCGGCUGGGUGUCAGCAGCAGGGCCCGUGGGCGCGGCUCACAGAGCCCUGGGGUGCCCUCAGCCCCAAGCCCGCGGUGCAGCGAGCUACGGCCAAGGGUCCUGGCUCCUGAGGGACCGAGUGGGCACUGGGCUCUGCCCUGGUCUCCUGAGGGACCCCAGGAGGAGGUGGAGAAGCCAUGGCCAAAAGUAACAGUGGGUUGGGCCCCAAAGAAGUGCAGGCGCACACUGGGUGCCCUUGGGCCACCAAACGUGGGCUGUGGAGUCGGAGUGGGGAGGAGGGAGGGCCCUGCUCCCCCGGGCGAGCCCCUCAUCUCUGGGAAAAGCCCGGGCUCCCAACCACACGGCCAGACGGAGCCUUCCCCUCCUGAGACCGCGGCCCCCUGUCCCUUCCUCUAUUUACUCCCACCUCCCCGUCUCUCCACUGCCUGGACAGACCUGUCCGUUCCAGAGCAUUGGCCAGUCUGCUCCAUGCCAACCAGCAGGCUGGGCCCUGGGGACACAGGGACGAGGUGACGCAGCCCCCACCCCAGGUGAACUUUCAAGCCUUCUCCACUCACCUCCCGCCCUGGAACUGGGACCGUGGAGAGAGGCAGUUGCUCUCCACCUGCAGAGAUGGGCAAUAGAAGGGACCUGCUGAAGGGCUUCGUCCCACCAAGGAAGAGGAAAGCCGGACAUUCACACUUGAGCCACAGAGGCUACCAGGGGUCGAAGGCCGGGACGAGGCAGAGGCCUCUGGGCUGAAGUGAAGCAGGAGAAAGAAUCAAGUGGAACAGCUAUUUAUUCAGCAUCCCCAAAUAAAAGA